AUGAUUUCAACUGAUACUCCCGUUAAAAAAGAACUGGAAGAGGAAGCGCGAAUUCGCGAAGACAUAAAGAAAAAACGUGCCUCAGCUACGAUAAAACGAAACAACAUCAAGAAAGGAGUCUUGGAAUCUAGUUCAUCAUCUGAUGAGGAAAUCAUAAAAUUUGACGAAUCAUCUGAUUGUUUUCCUCCCCAGAGGCCCCGUAUAGAAUACAAUGGCACCCAAGUAUUGCCAGGACAUAACCUCACGACCCUUCACGGAGAAGUGGCAGUAAUAAAGUGCGUCUCUCACUAUGGGAAUCCGCCUCCGGUUCUGAAGUGGUUUUUGGAUCAACAAGAGAUCACACCCACUCGAAGACAGACGAACACCACCGAACUGGAUAAUCCUCGAACAUGGCUCGCUUUGUCUGUUCUGGAACUGACGAUUUCUAAAGAUAACCAUGGUCGGAUGUUGAGAUGCGUGGCUGUCCACGAAUCUUAUCCGACUAAGUCUAGUACCAUAGAAGUACGACUGGAUGUUAUGUACGUCCCGGAGACAAGACUGGUAGGAAUCCCGACCAGCGACGUCGAAGACCUGAAGGAUUCGAUAGCAAUAAGAUGCGUCGUCACCGCUAAUCCAAAAGCGUCGGUAGUCUGGAGAAGAGAAGGCCAGAAUCAGCCGGCUAGCUUGCAGGAACUUUUGCAAUUCAGUCCUGCCAUCAGACAACACUCCGGACUAUACACGUGUCACGCACGUAACAAAGCCGGAGAUUCGCAGCCCGUCAGAGUGCAGGUCGACGUGAAAUAUCCUCCAAAAAUUGUGAGCAUCGGCAGAGAGAGGGUGAAAACCGCCACAUUAUUCUCAUCAACGAGCUUCGAGUGUCUGGGAGAAGGCAAUCCUCCUCCAACAUACGAGUGGAUACAAAAAAGACCCGUUCCAGCUGAUUCUAACAUAGAGAGGGGAAGAGACGCAAAGUUAUACAUCAGCAACGUAACCUAUGACUUCCAAGGCGAAUACAGAUGUAAAGUGACGAAUAUCAUCAAAGGGGAAGAAAGGAGUGAAAUCAGUGAACCAAUUAUUCUACAAGUGCAUG